AUGACCGGGCUGGCCAAUUUUCGAAGAAGCUCCUUCUCUGCGCGACCGUUGAAGACAGAUAAUAAAGUCGCACCAACUCGGAAGAAUGGUCUAAAUGCGAUGAGUGAGAAUGACCAAUGGCCCCUCUUCCGGCACUAUUUCAGCACCGGAGCGCUACCGGUAAAAAUCGAUCACAACUCGGUGGGGCCGCCGACGAAGCUCAAAUGGACAUACACGCAACGCGAGUUGUCUGAGGAAAUGCUGAGGAUGUUGUUGCCAAAGUUUGCGCUAGGAUUGCCGCUGCUUGAUCAGCCCUAUCGCUUCGUGGCCGAGCGGGGUUUUGGCGACCUGUUGGACGCAUGCAAGUCGAGCCGCCCGGUGAUCGCUAGCUUGCCGCAAAUCGUGCGAGCCAUCCGAGCUGCUCUGUAUUCGUUUGAUAAUCACAAGAAGAGGGAGAUGUUGAAGGCGUUGAUUAAGCUCUCGAUGAUCCAAGGCGUUGGCCCAGCCUUGGUCCCCUUCUACCGUCAGCUUCUCCCUCCUCUCCGUGUCGUCAACCACAUCUCAGCCGCAGACCGCAACAAGAUCAGCAUCGACCGAGACUUGGAGCGCGACAUCGAGGUCACCCUGAACGAGCUGGAGAAGAGCGGCGGCCCGAACGCGUACAUCAACAUCAAAUACGUGCUGCCGAUGUACGAGUCGUGUCGUGGAAUU